AUGGGCAUUCCUGGGAUAUUCAAAGAAAUCGGGAAGGGUGAGCGAGUGGCAUUGGCAAAGCUCGCAAUAGAGCAUCUAGAACGGUCGCAGCGGCCACUGCGAAUAGCUAUUGACGCGGCAAUAUGGAACUUCCAGACCCAGGCCGGCCAGGGUGGGAAGAAUCCGGCCUUGCGGACACUAUUCUACCGGCUGGUGAAGUUGCUCGCCUUACCCAUCGAUCCAGUGUUUGUCUAUGAUGGCAAGAACAAACCCCUAACUAAACGAGGCAAGACAGUCUCGAGAUAUGGCUCCUGCAUCUCCAAUGAGAUGUCAAAGAACCUCGUCCAAGCCUUCCGGUUUCCAUUCCACACUGCACCCGGAGAGGCGGAGGCGGAAUGUGCAAUGCUGCAGAAGAACGGCCUUGUAGACGCCGUCAUGAGUCAGGACGUCGAUGCAAUCAUGUUUGGCUCGACCCUGACCUUGAGGGACUGGUCCAAAGAAGCAUCUAAGCACAACAAAUCUCCAACUCAUGUCAACGUGCUCGACCUUCCUCGGAUCAAGUCUCUGUCAGGUCUGGAUCCGGAUGGUAUGAUUCUGGUGGCUCUCCUGAGCGGUGGUGACUAUGAUGAAGCUGGCGUGGCAGGCAUCGGGUCCACAUUGGCCUCCGAGAUAGCAAGGGCCGGUUUUGGCAGUGACCUGUUGGAUCUAGUGCGCAAUAACGACGAGGCUGGUCUUCAGGAAUGGAGAGAACGACUGGAGUACGAACUUGAGACCAACGAGAGUGGUUAUUUCAAGAUGAGACGCAAGUCCGUCAAGAUUCCUCCGUCAUUUCCUGAUCGAAGGAUAUUGAGUUAUUAUCUCAAUCCUGCCGUCACGCCUGAAGAUCAAUUGGCGAUGUUGGAGAGAAAGUGGACCGAAGCAUGGGAGUCUGAGAUCGAUAUUCAAGCAUUGAGGGACUAUGUGGGGGACACCUUCGACUGGCUCUACAAACCUGGAGCUUGCAAGUUUGUCCGAGUCAUGGCACCAGCCUUACUUGCCAACAGUUUACGGCUCGAGGGUUCGACGCCGUAUAUUCACUCGGUCGAACAAAUCACAGAGCGUCGGCAGCAUUUCGUCAGCGACGGUAUUCCGGAAUUGCGGGUGACGGUGAUACCCGCAGAGGUCGUCGGCCUCGAUCUUGACGCUGAAGAGGAUAGCCCGGAAUAUCUCGAGCGUCUGGCGGCUGAGGAGAACGGCGAGGUUGACGAAGGUGGCAACGUGGGUGAAGAUGACGCCAUUCCCUCCAGUCCUUCCAAGAAGCGGAAAACACCUCCCUGGCUGCCCACCGCCGCAGAGAAGAUGUGGAUUGCUGAGACGAUUGUGGAAAUGGGCGCCCGUGAGCAUGUGGACAAAUGGCGGCAAAUCCAGGCGGAAAUCGAAGCAGACCCAAAGAAAUUUGCAACCCGCAAAUCUCGGAAGCAGAAAGAAGUUCGCCUUCCUAAAGAUACUGGAGGCAUGCAGGCUGGUGCACUCCUGGGCUACGUCGUGGCAUCAAAGGUAUCCGACGAAAGAGCCGUCGCGGCUGGCAAGACCUCAACUCCGUCAUCCCCUCCACGCAAACAAAAUACUCGUGUUCACCUCUUGUCGAAGACUCCCCCCAAAAGCACGCCCAACCAGCAGGAGAAUGCAAAAGCGCCGAUUAUGCAAGACUUUUUUAAGUCCACCAAAAGCCGACAUACCCAUGACGCCGAUCUCCGAUACUCAGGAGUCAUUGCCAAAUCCAAUUGA